AUGCUUGUGCUUAAUGCCUAUGGUGGUGGAUAUCACGCCUGGGAUGUUCCUAAGAGCAAAUUCAUCCAUUUCCAGAAGGCCUCGUACGCGAUCACGCUCAUCUACGUUCCCAUGGUGUUUGUUGUCAAGCUGGCCCUGCUCUCCGUAAUGCUGCGGAUCUUCGCCCCGGACCCGCACAAGGUCAUGAUCAUCUACGCGAGCAUCAUCGUGCUUCUGCUCUACUACAUCCCGGCCUUAUUUAUCAAGAUCUUCUUCUGCAAGCCGAUUUCCGCAUAUUGGCAAGGCACCAGCCACGGCACCUGUAUCGACCAACAGAAGGUCAUCAUAGCCGACUCGGCCAUCAGCAUUGCCAGCGACCUUUGGAUCCUCAUUCUUCCAGUGCCGAUGCUGUGGUCGCUACAGAUGUCGAUAACCAAGAAACUACGGGUCCUCGGCAUUCUGGGGGCCGGAGGACUCGCCACUGCUUUUAGUAUCUGGCGCUUGGUCAUUAUGGUCAGGGAGGCACGGACAGCGGACACAACAUGGUUUUGGAUUCACUGCGUGUUGACUGCCAAUGCGGAAGCGGGUAUUGGACUGAUCUGUGCAUGUCUGCCCGUUUUGAGCUCGUAUGUCGUCUCUAUGAAGAACAAGAGCCGAAAGUCCACGCGCGGCAGUUACCAGCACAGUCACGAGCUCAGUAGAUGGAACAAACUCUCCAGCUCAAAGAGGAGCGCCAAUCACGACUCCUUGCUCAUGACACAGACUGACCAGGCGCAGCUCAUCUCGACCGUCGAGAGCAGUGAGCCGCAACAGGAGUCGACGGCAGGUCUUGAAGAGAGCUACCAUCCGCCGGAUCGUCCCGUCAUCCACAAGGAGGUUGUUAUGUCGCAGAGCUACGAAGUGGUAAAAUAG